AUGUCUGCGGAACCCAUGGAAACCGAUGCUAGAGUGAAGGAGGAGUCUGACGGUGAGUAUCAGCCUGAGGAGAUGGAGACCGAAGAAGCUAAACCUGAAUCGGAGAAAUUUAAGAUUGGCAUUGGUACGUUAUACCUGUAAUAUUACCUAUUUUUUAGAAAAUUCGGAUUCUUUCAAGAGAUUCGAGUUGUUGUUGAAGAAGACUGAAAACUUCUCAAAGAAACUGAGUGCCGGAGAUGCAGUGAUGGCUGGUAAGUUUCGCUGAUUGUGUUUUAUUCAGAAGAGGGUAAUCGUCAAUGGCAGGGUUUUUUUACUUUUCUUUAUAUAAAAUUAGCUUUUAGAUCCAAAUAGAAAGAAAAAAGGACGGCCGGUGGCGAAUGAUCAUAGGCAUAGGAUGACGGAAGAAGACGAAGAUAAGGAACUACUGGCACAAGAAGGUGCGCCUGAAGAUAUGAUUUUGUUCGACAAAUCUCCUAGUUUUAUCAAAAAUGGAGAACUCAGAGAUUAUCAAGUCAGAGGUCUGAACUGGUUGAUUCAGCUCCAUUACAAUAAAUUUAACGGAAUUCUGGCGGACGAAAUGGUGAGGUGUGAGAAUUUUUAUAUAUUGUGCUUAAUUUAGGGACUCGGAAAAACGCUUCAAACAGUAUCACUUCUUGGUUACAUGAAACACGUAAAGAACCAUAAUGGUCCUUUUUUGGUUAUUGUCCCUAAAAGCACAAUUCAAAAUUGGAAAAAUGAGUUCACAAAAUGGUGUCCGACGAUAAACACUUGUGUUCUUAUUGGAAGUGCAGAAGAACGGGCGGUACCGUUGGGUCGAAUAAAAGAGAGAGAUUUUGAUGUAAGUGCGUUUAUGUUACUGACCUGUUGUUUUUAGGCGGUCAUCACUUCGUAUGAAAUGGUCCUCAAGUGUAUGAGCGAUUUAAAGAAGGUUACCUGGUAUUAUCUGGUCAUUGAUGAGGCUCAUAGGAUAAAAAACGAGAAUUCAAAGGUAUGGCUUCGUCGGUUUUAGCUGAUGUUUAUUGGUUUAGCUUGCCGAAAAUGUUAGAAUACUGAAGACAAAGAAUCGUCUUCUUCUGACCGGAACUCCCCUACAGAACAAUCUCCACGAAUUAUGGGCUCUUCUCAACUUCUUAUUGCCGGAGAUUUUCAACAGUGCUGAGGAUUUCGAUUCAUGGUUUCACAAUGAGAACCUUUUGGACAAUCAGGAGAUCAUAAAAAGAUUGCAUCGUGUCUUGCAGCCAUUCUUAUUGAGGCGAAUUAAAGCUGAUGUUGAAAAGUCCUUGUUGCCGAAGAAGGAGGUUAAAGUUUUCAUUGGCUUAAGCCAGCUCCAAAAAGAAUGGUAACUCAUUUUUGUUUUUAUUGUAUUUUUAGGUAUACGAAAAUUUUGAUGAAAGAUAUCGAUGUGGUCAAUACUAACGGAAAGGUGGAGAAGAAACGUCUAAUGAAUUUGUUUAUGCAUCUCCGGAAAUGCUGUAAUCACCCAUACCUGUUCGAUGGAGCUGAACCAGGGCCUCCUUACACUACAGACAAACAUUUAGUGGAUAACUCGGGAAAGAUGGUCUUGUUAGACAAACUUCUUGCUAAACUUCAAAAACAAGGAUCAAGGGUGUUAAUCUUCUCGCAAAUGAGCAGGAUGUUGGAUAUUCUGGAAGAUUAUUGCGUUUGGAGAGGCCAUAAAUAUUGCCGGUUAGAUGGUCAGACGGCCCAUGAUCUACGACAAUCCCAGAUUGAUGAAUUUAACAGGGAAGGAAGCGAGAAGUUCUUGUUCAUGUUAACGACUAGAGCUGGAGGUCUGGGAAUCAACUUGACUUCAGCUGACGUAGUCAUCUUGUUUGAUUCUGAUUGGAAUCCGCAGAUGGAUCUGCAGGCUAUGGUAAGAAAAGGUCCUUAUAUUUAUAUUACGGUUUGAUUUAGGACAGGGCUCAUCGUAUUGGCCAAAAGAAACAAGUUCGGGUAUUCAGAUUUGUAACAGAGAACACUUGUGAAGAAAGAAUCAUCGAAAGGGCCGAGAGGAAAUUGAGGCUGGACUCGGUGGUCAUUCAACAGGGCCGUCUGACUGAAGCUCAAAAGACCUUGGGAUCGGACGAAAUGUUAUCCAUGAUCAAGCACGGAGCCAGUAAGAUUUUCUCGUCGAAAGAAUCAACCAUCACGGAUGAGGAUAUCGACGCCAUCUUGGAGAAAUCGGAGGACAAAACGAACAAAUUAAAUGAGGAGUUGGAAAAACUUGGAGAGUCAAAUCUUAGAGAUUUCAAGAGUAUAUACGACUUUGAAGGCGAGAAUUACAAAGGAAAGAGCAUCAGAAAUGAACCCGCUUUCUUGGAACCGCCAAAAAGGGAAAGGAAAACCAAUUACAAUAUGGAUCAGAUGUUCAAGUAAGUAAUUUGCUUAUUGUUUUGUAUUCUUUAGAGAGCAAGCGAAACAAGAUGGGACCUUGAAACCUGGAUCAAAGGCCCCUCGACCAAAGAGUCUUCCUCAAGUCUUCGACUUCCAAUUUUAUCCAAAACGGUUGUACGAAUUGGUUGAGAAUGAAUUGUAUUUCUUCCGAAGAACGAAUGGAUACAUGCCAACACCUCCAGAUGGAUGUACAGAAAAGGAAGCUGAGAAGUAUAUAAAGGAGGAGAAGAAGAAGAUGGACAAGGCCACGGCGCCUACUGACGAAAUGAUUGAGGAAAGAGACCAUCUCAUCAACACUACUGGAUUUGAUUGGAGCAAAAAAGAAUUCAACGCAUUUAUCAAGGCUUGUGAAAAAUAUGAAUCUAACGAUUAUGACAAUAUAUCCAAGGAAAUCGGCACAAGAGAUGAGAAAGAAGUCGAAGAAUACUCGAAAGUUUUCUGGAAGAGAGGAAAGGAGCUGAAGGACUUCUACAAGUACAGUAAUGCUAUUGAAAAGGGUCGGAACAAACUCCACAGAAAAGCUUAUGUAAAGAGUGUUUUGGAAAAAAAGUACAAGGAAUGUCAGGAUCCGUACACUCAACUUGAUUUUGUAUUUAGUGGGCCCAAAGGGAAGUCGUUCUCAGCGGAUGAAGACAGGUUUGUUUUUGUUAUAUCUUGGUUGAUUUAAGUCCUAGAUUUUUUCCGAAAUUGCGGUUUUGUGCACAAAAAGUUGACACCGAAUUUGAAAGACCAGCGUCGGCUUAAUGUUCCGAUCGUUCUGGAGUGCAUUGGAUUUUAGGGUUAAUUUGACACCGAUUUCGAAAAAUGAGUGCAGGCUGAAAAUGCAAAAAACUCCAAAAUCUGCCUUUGCAAAAAUGCACCUGAUUUCAUAAUUGGUACCGAGCAAAAAUUAAGCUGAUGUCGAUUUGUCAAUUUCCGUAUCGACUUUUGUGGGUUCGGAAAAAAUCUCACACUGAUAUGUGCACCAUUUGAUUUAGAGUAUGAUGUACAUGUUAUGAUGGAUAUCCGUUUAUGAAUUUGUUUUUAGGUUCAUUCUUUGCAAGUACCAUGAGUUCGGAUGUGAUGACGAGAGUUUCGAGAAAAUACGACAAUCUAUCAGAUCCUCGCCUCAGUUCAAAUUCGAUUGGUUCUUCAUCUCCAGGACGUCGCAAGAACUGGCUAAGAGAUGCGCUGCUCUAAUUGCAAGUUUUGAUAAGGAUGCAAACGAUGAGAAUGCCGACUCAGAAGACGAUAAGACCAAAAAACGACCCGGACAAGGCUCCCAGACUUUAAAACCCAAAAAGAAAAAGGUUUAA